UGUCCCAGCACAGGCACAUACUCUCCAAGCCGCCCCCGGGCUACCUCAGCCCCCACCUGUCCGUGGUCCGGAGCCUCGGAGGCACCCCGCUGGUGGGCCCCCACCUGGCCCUCAACCCCCACCCCCCUCCCUCCCCUACGGUGCUACUGGGGCUGGAGUCGGGAGCCCUGGCAGCGGGGGCGGCCGUCAUCGCCACCCCUCAGCUCCCUCCUCUGUCCUCCUCGUCCUCCCGCGGCUCCCUGGAUAAGCCGCCCUCUUCAAACUCCAACUCCCACGGUGCAUCUGGAGGGGGGUGGAGGCUCGUGCUCGAGUUCAACAUCCUCGUCGCGCUCCCGCACCCCGCUCACGGCGGCCCAGCAGAAGUACAAGAAGGGCGACGUGGUGUGUACCCCCACGGGCAUCCGCAAGAAGUUCAACGGCAAGCAGUGGAGGAGGCUGUGCUCCAGAGAGGGCUGCUCUAAGGAGUCCCAGAGAAGAGGCUACUGCUCGCGUCAUCUCUCCAUGAGAACUAAAGAGAUGGAGGCCAGCGGAGGGGGCAGAGACCGUGGCGGGGCCAGCAGUACGGGCACCCUAACCCCGUCAGACCUGAGGCUGGGCGGCGGCCGGACCAGUUCGGAGUUCGACUGGGACAACACGUCGCGAGACAGCAGCGAAGCGAGCAGUAGGGGAGCGGAUUCACGCCCCCGCCUGGUCCUGCCCUCGCUCCUGCCCCAGGACUUAUCACGCUUCGACUUUGAUGAGUGCGAGGCGGCCACAAUGCUGGUAUCUCUGGGCAGCUCCCGCUCGGGCACGCCUUCCUUCUCUCCCAUCUCCAACCAGUCGCCCUUCUCACCCACGCCGUCGCCCUCGCCUUCCCCGCUUUUCGUCUUCCGCCCGGCCACCUUCAGCCCCAUCACGGCGCCGCCUUCGCUCACCCCUCGCCGCCACCGCCACCUGAGCGGCACUAAGAUGGGCACGCCGGGCUCGGAGCGCGAGCGCCACCUGUCGGGCAUCGUACCCACCUUCCAGACCAACCUCACCUUCACCGUGCCCAUGAGCCCCAGCAAGCGGAAACUUGAUGCCCUUCCUCCGCCCCUGCCCCUCUCUGCCCAGGAUUACACUAAGCCCGACCAGCAGUUAGGGGAGACUAUUGGCCUCAGCCCAGCCGCCUUCAGGGUGCUCUCUCCUCAGAGCCAGCCCACCACCCCCUCCUCCCUAUCCUUCCCCCGGCCCCGGAGCGCCACCAGCCGCCCCCCAUCCUCCGCCGCCUCCACCCCCCCGCCAAUGCUGGUGUCCCCCACCCCUCCCUCCCCCCUGCCCCAGGACCCCAGUCCCCGCCGUGUCGUGCCCCUGCGAGACUCCCCUGUCAUCGUGCGGAACCCCGACGUCCCCCUGGCCAAGUUCACAGAUGGACCCCUGGUGAGGAGGGGAGGAGGAGGCCGCUCCUCCAGAGAGCACAGCCAGCCCCUGCACCUUGCCACCGGCCUCCAAGCACCCGUGCCCAUCAACGGCACCGCCACCAAUGGCGCAGUCCUCCUGCGAAACCCCGCCUCCACCCUUGUCCUUGUAACCUCCUCCCAGUCCCUGACCCCAGCCGUCGCCGGACACCCUGCCCACUCCAGCCCCACCCUCAGUGGUGGCUCCGCCUCCAUCUCCUCUACUGGCUCCGCCCUCUCCAGCUCUGGAUCGGGAGGUAGGGAGUGGGAGAGGAAGCCCGGCGGGCACCAGGAUGCCAUUGGAGGGGCAUUGCCCCAGCCGGUAGCCUGCCACCCGUCUCCAACCGCCCUGCUGCCCCUCAUCCUACCAGCCGAGUCCCCUCACCCUGCACCCCGCAAGGACAUCAUCAUUGGACGGCCCGGGACAGUAUGGACCAAUGUGGAGCCCCGUUCAGUGCCAGUGUUUCCUUGGCAUUCAUUGGUCCCUUUCCUGGAGCCCAGCCAAUCGAGUGCGGCUGCCCAGCCCGCUGAUGGCCAACAGCUUGUCAAUCAGAGCAAAGAGCCUCGUUGUGGGGUGGCCCUAGUGAGUGACGGAUGGGUGGGUCCACCAGACGCAGAGCAAGGGUCUCCAUCCCGCCCACCACCCUCCUCCAAUGACAACGACCCCCCAGCUGGAAGAGCAGAAAGAGGUGGAGCCGACAGCGAGACGGAGAGCGACGCGGACGACCCGUUUUUUCCGGGUGUAGCCAAUGAUCCUGCCCCGUCUACGGGCCCUAUCAAGAGGCGCACUCAGUCCCUCAGCGCCCUUCCCAAAGAUGGAGACAGAAAGAGGGAAAAGGACCACAUUCGGCGGCCGAUGAACGCAUUCAUGAUUUUCAGCAAGCGUCACCGGGCGCUGGUUCACCAGAGGCACCCCAACCAGGACAACCGCACGGUCAGCAAGAUCCUGGGCGAGUGGUGGUAUGCCCUGGGGCCCAAAGAGAAGCAGAAGUACCACGACCUCGCCUUCCAGGUGAAAGAGGCUCACUUCAAGGCCCACCCAGACUGGAAGUGGUGCAACAAGGACAGGAGGAAGUCUAUCUCUGAGGGCCGAGAGACCCCAGGGGCCAAAGAGGCACGCGAGAGGAGCAUGUCGGAGAGCACAGAGCCUGAGUCAGUGUCUCAGGGCAUGGAGGUGAAGGGUGCGGCAGGUCCGGACUGGCCUGGGGGUUCUGAGCGUCAUGCGGGGGCCUACAGUGGCCAGCUCCCUCGCCCCCGGGCCUUCUCCCAGAGUGCAGUACACAGCCUGGAGAGGCGGGAGCGGGCCAGAGAUCUGGAGAAGUUGUGUCGAGAAGGGGCAGGCUCAUUCCGCAGCCGCCCCCCUACUCUCUCCCUGACACAGUGUGGGGCCAGCGAGGACGUGACCAGUGACGAGGAGCGCAUGGUCAUCUGUGAGGAAGAGGGGGACGAUGAUGUCAUGGAGGACUCGUGCCCUGAGGGAUCCAUAGACCUCAAGUGUAAAGAGCGAGUGACUGACAGUGACGAGGAUGAGCCGGAUGGACAGCGAGCCUUCCAGCCAGUGGUCCGCUCCUCUCUCCCCUAUGCCACCAGCACCUCCCACGCCGACUCUCACUCCGACUCUACCAAGGGGAACACAGGGGGGAGCACCGGAGAGAGCUCUGAGAGGAAGAGAAAACGAGGGAUGGAGGGAGGAGAAGAGGGAAGUGGAGAAUCCAAAAGAGGAGGUGGAGGGGGGCAGGUUCCCUCUAAUUCCAUCCCUGGAUCAGCGCCCUUCACCUCGACCCCCGCUCUGGGUUAUGGACUCACCCAGGUGCUCGGUGCAGUCCGGAUGGCCCCCACCAUGGUGACCAACGUGGUAUGCCCCAUCGCCAGCACGCCCAUCCCUAUCACCAGCAAGCCAAUGGAAGGCCCCAUCGCCCUCAGUGCCCUCCCUGGGGAGAAGAAAGCCACGCUUCUGAUUGGAGGACCGGGAGCAGUAGGCGGGCCUAUCACUUCAGGGGUCCAAGCCCAGUCUCCAGUCUUGCAGAGCAAGAUGUUGGUUCCCAUGGCAACAGUGAGAACAGGCUCUACUCCUCCUCAGCCCAUCUCCCACGUGGCCCCUCCCCUUCCUGUGCAAAAUGGUGCUCUACCAGGAAACAAGAUCAUCCAGAUCGCCCCCAUGCCAAUGGUCCAGACAAAUGUCCACCCUGCUGGAGCAGUGCAUCCUGGGAGUCCUUUCCCUGUAUCCAUGGCAACAGCCACUGUGAUGACUCCGGGCAUCAAACCCCCUCAGAACGUGUUGCUGACCUCGCCUCCAACAAGGAUCACUUAUGUCCAAUCCAGCACUGGAGUGGUCUCCACGGCAACGGUCCAGGCCCCUCUCUCGCCAGGACCCGCCUACCUGCCAUCGUCCCUGACGACUCUGGGCUUCACCGCCAUUGCUCCGGCCGGCCAAGCCCUGAUGCAGCCUCUCGUAGCGGGCCAACCGCCCUUGCUAGCCCCGGCCCUUUCCCCUGGAGCACCGGGGACCGGACGUCAACUCCUCACCGCCAUCUACCCGGCCCCAAGCAUCACCCUGGCGUCAGGUGUGGUUGCCAUGACCUCCGUGCCCCCCAAUUUGGCUCAAGAAGUGUCCGGCCAAUCGUCACCCUCGGCUGUCGGCGUCCAGGGUUCAAAGGACGUGACCCGGUCACAUGAAGAGGGAAUGCCACACCUGACUGCAGAGAUGGAGCAAAAGUCACAGGUGGAGGUCCAGGCCCAACGGAAGAACAAGGCUCAGAUAAAGAAAGAGGGCAUAAAGAAAGAGAACACGACGGAGGAUGUCGAGGCAUAUAGCAAAACCGGUGCUAACUCAAUGGCUAUGUCCAGCAGCAAUAUACCAACAGGGAGUGAAGAAGACGGUGGUCGAGCCAGCCACAUGAAAGAAGAGAAUACGGACCAUGACCGAGAUUAUGCCAGAGGGAAUGGGGAGAGGGAGAUAAAGAAAGAGAGUGGGACGCCUGAACCAGAGGAGUCCAGGGAGGCAGAGGAUUGGCCCCAUGAGGGCCACAACAAAGGGGACAGUGGCAACGGGGGCCACAGCAAAGAGGCUGGACUGAGGGAACCUCUCCACCCUCCCACAGGACUGGACCCUCCUCCGCCUCCCCCACAGACUGAAAGGGACACCCCCCCCUCAGCCAAGAAGACCAAAUUCCGCCCCCCUCCACUCAAAAAGCCCUCAGACGUCGUUGAAAAGGUCCUGUCGGGGUCCUAUUUCGAGGAGCGCUUUGCCGAGCUGCCAGAGUUCAGGCCAGAAGAGGUGCUGCCCUCUCCCACCCUCCAGAGUCUGGCCACCUCCCCCCGAGCCAUACUGGGCAGCUACCGGAAGAAGAGGAGAAACUCCACAGACCUGGACUCGUCUGCGGAGGACCCCAGCUCUCCCAGGAGGAAGACUGCAGCUCGGAGCCGUCUCUCCAGCUGCAGCUCGGAGCCCAACACACCAAAGAGCGAGGCCAAGUGUGAGGGGGACAUCUUCACCUUCGACAGAGCUGGUGCUGAGUCUGAAGAUGUCUUGGGGGAGAUGGACAAAGUGCCGUACUCCUCUCUCCGGAGGACUCUGGACCAGCGCAGGGCUCUCGUCAUGCAGCUCUUCCAUGAACACGGCUUCUUCCCUUCAGCUCAGGCCACUGCAGCCUUCCAGGCACGCUACUCAGACACCUUCCCCACCAAACUGUGUCUGCAGCUGAAGAUCAGGGAGGUGAGGCAGAAGAUAAUGCAGACAGCCACGCCUGGGACCCCCGGAAUCUCUGAGCCCGGCGGGUCAACAACAGGGGUCAUGGGUUCAACGGACUCCGCCUCGGCCGCCAUCGGUUCCUCCAAUACCAACACUCGAGAUGGUACAGGGACGGAGCCAGGAGAAAGAGGGCGGAGUCCCGAGGAGCCCAGGAACGUGGGCAAAUUGUAGGAAUGGAAAGAAGGAGAGAUGGAAAGAAGGAGAAAAGCAAGAGAAUGGAGAAGGUGGAGAGAAAGUGUCAAAAGAGAGAGGGGAGUGUUGUUGUGACCCACAGCAUGUCCUUGUACAUGUAGUAACAGGACAUCAGUUUCACUUCGGCACAGUUCUGUACUGGCUGUACCCUCAGCACAUUUGUAGUUUGACACAGAACAUUCUGUGGUACACACCAGUGGAGGCUGGUGGGAGAAGCUAUAGGAGGACAGGCUCAUUGUAUUGUCUGGAAUGGAAUAAAAGGAACGGAGUUAAGCACGUGGUUUCCAUAUGUUUGAUACCGUUCCAUUUAUUCCAUUCCAGCCCUAACAAUGAGCCCGUCCUCCUAUAGCUCCUCCCACCAGCCUCCACUGGUACACACAUUCUUACUGUCUCUCUCUCUCUCGCACACACACACACACCCCACCAACUCAGACUGUUACUCUUGGGUGGCAGUCACAAGCACUGUCACACAGAAGACGACCGUACACAAUGGCACUUUGUAACAAUUUGUGAGGAUUCAGUUUGCAGCCCUCUGUUGCCAUUGACUUGACUUCCCUCCCUCCACUCCUCAGCACAGUGGUUGGGAUGUAUCCAAUGUAACAGCCACUGAAAUUCCACAGCCCCUCUAUGCUGCAACAACAGACAGCACUGAACUGGACACAACGCUGCACACACACAGUCUGCCAGUCAACUCAACACUCGCCUGACAAAGCCUUUGGCCUGCACAGUUUUUAGAGAUUGGAGAAAGUGAGUCAACCAUUGGCUCCCGAAAAAGGGAGGCUGGACGCAGCGUGACCAUUGACCAAUCCCUGGCCCAAUCAGUAAUCAACGUCACAGACAGGCUGGGUUCCUAUUGGCUGGAGAGGAUGUUGUAUAUUGGGGUUUGCCCCCUUGUGAACGCCGUUAUGAGAUAUGAAAUAUGUAAAAAUUGAAGGGUGAUGCGUGACAAAGCAACAAACUCAACAUUGGUUGGCUGUAAACGAGCACAGAGAAAGGCUGAACGAGACAAAUCGUCCAUUCAUUGGUCAACUCAAGAGGCUGCGGAUUCCACCAAGGACUCCGGAAGCAGAUGAUGCGACUUGGCUCCCAAGUGACAGUUGACAAGCAAAAGUAGAUUUAUAACCAACGUCUAGGAGUCACCCAGUGGAUAUAUUGCUUUAUCUUGUAUUGUUGCAGUGGAAAUAACACGUUUUUUCUGUGGCCUGUUUUCUCUCUUGUGGCUCUCAUUGGUGUUUCUCCAGCAUAAACUUAUAUAAAAGGGGUUUGGAAACAGCCCACGCAACCCCUCUUCUAAAUUUUACUUUGGGCCAUUCCCCCUCUCCCAUGACUGCUCAGUAGACACAUAGAGGAGGGGGCAGGCAGUUUGUUUUUAAACGUUGAAAUCAGGUGUUUGCACAAUGUGUGGUCUUGUGACUGCAAUUUAAAUCAGGAAAGUAUUAUUUUUAGAGAUUGUUUCAUAGAAAUAACCUUGUUGUUCAAUGUUAUCAAUCCCCCUUCUUCCAUUUGGAGCCCCUUUCCCCCUUGCUUCCUUUCCUUGCCCCUCUAACCAAGUGUUGUUAGAAAGUGCCCUUAAGCACUGGUCCAGGGUCAGUUCUGUUACGUAGCUCAGGAUGGCUCUGGUUAGAGUUUAGUUCAGGGAAAACAGAUCCUAGACCAGCCCCGUAGGGCAUUCUCUGGAGCCCUCUCUCUUCCCUCUCUGCCACUUUAUUUUUUCCUUAUUAAAUGGUGCAAUAGGACAUUUGGAAUGGGUGGGUUAUGUGGGUCUGUGCCAUAGAUAUUUACAGUACAGUCAGAAGACCCAUUCUAACAACUAUGGCAUAAGAAGAACUCUCUGAGAUUGCUAUAUUUGAAGAGAUAGAGCAUAGCUAACUAACUAAAGUCAAAGACAUUCAAAUAGCACUUUUUGCCUCUUCACUUGUUUUUGGGAAGAGUUGGGGUAGUUAUGGGUGUACCUUUAUUUCUCUGUAUACAGUUGGAUGUGUGAAAAAUAUCUAUAUUUCCAUAUGUGCAAAUAGAUGUUGUGUGUGUGUUUGCGCACAUGCAUGUAUGGACUCGGCCACACCCUGGUUCCUUCACAUACCAUACAAUGACAUUAUCAAUCAUAUGUUCUUCACAUAUACUGGAGGCAGUAUUUUUACAGUCACCAGGACUAUUAUAUGCCACCUUGACUGUUAUAUAAUGAGAUAGUCCAAGAUCAAACACAUAGAAUUUAUCAAAGAUUUGUUAAGUCUUGCAAAGGUGAGGCCUGAAAUGUUUCCAUGAACAUGCAUGUGUGCACGCAAACACACAGACAUACAUACACACACACACAUGUAUGCGUGUACACUGUAUGAUUGUGCUUAAAAUAAACUGUCCAUACUUUGGAGAAGGAAUUUUAGAAUGAGAGAGAUGAGUGUGAGCUCAUAAACAGGCAUGUUGACCAUGUGCAAUAUUUCUAAGCAAAAUAAACAACUAAAUAUUGAAAAUAUUAAAGACCUAACACAAUA